AAGAUGAGCGAGCCGAGGCCAGUGCCGAGGAGAGAGAGUCCAUGGGGAAUCACCGGAGAGGGUCAUCGUGAACCCAAAGCUCACCGAUGUAACGACCGUGUUGAAGAUGUCGUUCAGGCUUGUUUUGAGGGGAACCCAUUUAAGACAGUUCCAGGGCCUUUCAAGCUCUUCUGGAAAUGCAUGCGUUCUAAACCUGGCGAGGAACCAACAGAGCCAUUUACCUAUCUGGAUUUGGAACCUCCAAAGAGAGAGGAGAAACCUGUAAAAGUUGAGUAAUUCCACUCCUACAAAUCCCUUUGGUUUUCAACUUCAUUCCUCAACAUGGAUGGUUUUUAUGCAGAUCAUAUGUAACUAAACCUAUGUUUGUUAUUUUGCUAUGCAAAAUAGGUAUCCUGUACAUCUUGUUCUGCAGUAUAUGUUGGCAUGUUGCUUGUCCAAUAAAAAACAUGGCCACUUGCAUUGUUGAAAUAACUUUUACAAUAAUUUCUUGAUCACAUGUUUAUUGUUAUAAUCGCCACAAAUUCCAUGUUUGUUACAUAGAAUGUAAAUUCCUAGUGUUUGCCACUCCUUGCUCUACCAUUUGCUGUAAAAUUAAAAUGAUAAAACAUGCCUCUUUCCUAAGGAAUGAUAAUGUUGUCUUU